AUGAAGAGACUAAAAGAGACCACUUUCCCCUUCUCUGGAUUUGGAGGUCCGAGUCAAGGCAAGAAGAUGAGCCAAAGAACUGAUGAAAGGAUGAAUAAAACCUUCCCAAGGAUUCCUCCACCUGUGAAAGGAGCCGCCCGCGCGGCGGGGCCAGGCCUGGAGGAGCGGCUCUUCCCGCAGGUGCGGGACCACUUCAGCUUCCAGCGCUUCGGCAACGAGACCUUCCAGCAGCGGUACCUGGUCUCAGCAAAAUUCUGGAACAAAGGAUUUGGACCCAUCUUUUUUUACACUGGCAAUGAAGGUGACAUCUGGACUUUCGCUCAGAACUCCGACUUCAUAUUUGAAUUGGCAGAAGAACAACAAGCACUAGUGAUUUUUGCUGAGCAUAGGUACUAUGGGAAGUCUCUUCCAUUUGGCCUCGAGUCAACCCAGCCGCAGAGGACUGGUCUGCUCACGGUGGAACAAGCCCUGGCUGACUAUGCAGUGCUAAUUACGGAGCUCAAAGAGCAGUACGGUGCCACUGACUGCCCUGUUAUUGCCUUUGGAGGCAGCUAUGGAGGAAUGUUGAGUGCUUACAUGAGGAUGAAAUAUCCAAACAUCGUGGCUGGAGCAUUAGCUGCCAGUGCUCCUGUGUUGUCCGUGGCUGGGCUUGGAGACCCUGCUCAGUUCUUUAGAGAUGUAACUGCAGAUUUUCGGAAGUCUGACCCAAACUGUGUCACAGCUGUCCGUAAAGCCUUCCAGCAAAUCAAGGAUCUGUCGCUGAGUGGAGCUUAUGAUAAAAUCAGCAGCAAAAUGGCCACAUGCAAUAAGAUUUCCAGCAAGGAAGAUAUUUACCAGCUUUUUGGGUUUGCUAGAAAUGCCUUCACCAUGAUGGCCAUGUUGGAUUACCCGUACAAAACCGACUUCAUGGGUUCUCUCCCUGCUAAUCCAGUGAAGGUUGGUUGUGAGCAAAUCCUCACCCACGCAGACCCAGUUCAAGGCCUGGCAGCUCUUGUUGGAGUGUUCUACAACUCGUCCGGCACGGCGCCGUGUUACGACAUCUACCAGCUGUACCAGCCCUGCGCCGACCCAACGGGCUGCGGCACCGGCGCGGACGCCGAGGCGUGGGACUACCAGGUGUGCACCGAGAUCAACUUAACCUUCAACAGCAACAACGUGACUGAUAUGUUCCCUGAGAUGCCCUUCACGGAGGCCAUGAGAGAGAAGUACUGCCAGAGCAAAUGGAGUGUGAGUCCGCGGGCGCGCUGGCUGCGGACAAACUUCUGGGGAGGAGAUCUGAAAAGUGCAAGCAACAUCAUUUUUUCAAAUGGAGACCUGGACCCGUGGGCUGGUGGUGGGAUAAAGAGCAGUCUAAGUCCUUCACUAAUUGCAAUAACCAUUGAGGGAGGUGCUCAUCACCUCGAUCUCCGAGGACAUAACCCAGCUGACCCUCCAUCUGUCACCGAGGCACGCAUGCUGGAAGCGAGCAUCAUUAACGACUGGGUGAAAUCUGCAAGGAUGGAGAAAGCAUGGGAGAAGUUAGCUGGCACGCUGGCAGGCGGAGCACUGUGAAUAUACCCACGUGGCUGCUGCCAUACGAGGUGCUCGGUCCCCACAAUUUGUGAUGGAAGGCUGAAAGACCACAGCCCAUUCAGCUGUAUUGGGCCUGACUGUCUGAGAAAGCGUUACCUCCUCUGCCACGAUGACGAGCAGCCACCUACCUGAAGUGUCCAACCCGUCCCUAAUCACAUGUCAUGAGCAAAUCAACAGACCGGACUACUUUACAUGGGUUUCAUGCUUAUGUGUGUAAAAUGAGAAGUCAUUGUAAAGGGAGGAAAGAAUAAAAGCUUGCUUGACAGCCUCAGGCACAGUGACACUUAAACUAUUCUUCAUGGCACAGGACAGAUACAAUGUUGGCAUGAAUACAUGAGGUAUUGUCCCUUUGAGCACAGUAUCAGCAUUGUCCUUAACACUGUCUUUGUGGGUUGAAGUCAAACUGGUUUUAGACAGUCAUACAAAUCACACAAUCAGACUGGUAUCAGUAAGGUGCACUUCCAGUGAAAACAUCUUCAAAUCU